AUGCCUUUUGGUCUUACCAACGCCCCCGCAGCAUUCCAACAUUUCAUGAACAAUCUAUUUAGGGAUCUUAUCAACGUCACUGUGGUCAUAUACCUGGAUGAUAUACUGAUCUUCUCAGAAAAACCCAAGGACCACCCAACCCAUGUCAGGGAGGUCUUAUCACAGCUAAUGAGAAAUCAGUUGUUCUGCAAACUCUCCAAGUGCCACUUCCAUGUCACAACAGUAGACUAUCUUGGCAUUGUCAUCUCUCCUGCUGGAUUCUCUAUGGACCAGAAGAAGAUAGAAGCAGUCACAUCAUGGCCUCAGCCCAGAACAGUCAAACAAGUCCAGGCCUUCCUAGGGUUUGUCAACUACCUCUGCCAAUUCAUCCCCAAUUUCAGCUCAGUUGCUUGUCCCCUGCACAACCUGACAAAGAAAGAAAACCCCUGGUCAUGGGGCAACCCCAAAGAAGCCGCGUUCCAGGAGUUGAAAUCCUUAGUUACCAAGUCCCUGGUACUCAUCCAUUCCAACCCAGACCUACCUUACUACCUUGAGACCAACGCAUCAGGAGUAGCCAUGGGAGCAAUACUAAGCCAGCAAGGCCCCAACAACCAACUGCACCCUAUUGCCUACAUGUCAAAAUCAUUCUCAGGAGCAGAAGCCAAUUAUGACACUCACAAUAAGGAGCUCCUGGCUAUCAUUAAGGCACUGGAAGAAUGGAGGAUAUUCUUGGAGGCAACAGACAAACCAAUACAAGUCUUCACGGAUCAUAGGAAUCUGGAAUAUUGGAUGCAGGCACAAACAUUCAACUGA